UGGACCCACAAAAGUGGGAGAUUCGAAGUGGCUAGCGAAACAAAACGGAUUUAAACUCGGUUUGGGUCAGGCCGCCUCACAGCCCAUGCAUUGACACAACGCCCUGGAGACUUUUACUAGCCCUUCUUGAUGGCCACCCCGAGCAAGACACCACCUGGCGCCGACCCCAAGCAGCUUGAGCGGACGGGGACGGUCCGGGAGAUCGGCUCUCAGGCGGUGUGGUCCCUCUCCUCCUGUAAACCCGGUUUUGGAGUUGAUCAGCUGAGGGACGACAACCUGGAGACUUACUGGCAGUCAGAUGGAUCCCAACCUCACCUAGUCAACAUACAGUUUAGGAGGAGGACAACAGUGAAGAUGCUGUGUAUUUAUGCUGAUUAUAAAUCUGAUGAGAGCUACACCCCCAGUAAGAUUUCUGUCAGAGUGGGCAACAACUUCCACAACCUGCAAGAAAUCAGGCAGUUGGAGAUGGUGGAGCCCAGUGGCUGGAUUCACAUCUCUCUGAUGAACCAGCGGACCAACGAGCCGAUCAGCACCUUCAUGAUCCAGAUCGCGGUGUUGGCCAACCACCAGAACGGCAGAGACACUCACAUGCGGCAGAUUAAAGUCUACACGCCGGUGGAGGAGAGCUCCAUCGGCAAGUUCCCGCGUUGCACCACAGUCGACUUCAUGAUGUACCGCACAAUCAGGUGAUCGGGACUGACAUGAGAACACCUGACCCUCUGUGGCCCCGGGGAAACGUUGGGAAUUGCACAAAAUGCCCAGAAAGGGGGAAAAAUGACACAGACUGAUAUCUGGAGCUGCUGCUGCUGCUGCACAUCGAUUAAAAAUCAGAUUUGGUCGAUUCAGACAUGA